GUCGUUUUUUUUCAGAAAUUUAGGGCUUAGUUCUUUUAGGGCAAUAGGUUAGGUAUUAGGGAAACUAUAAAUAUUGUAUUAAACCGUAAUUUUGUAAGACAAAGAGCUUUUGAAGAACGCGAAAAAUGGCUGACAACGCGGGUAUUUCGAGCAAAGAUUUAAUGAUCGGAGCAGCAUGCCUCGGAGGUGGUGCUUUUGGGUACUAUAUUGUAAAUAAAUUCGUCAGAGGCGGAGAAACCCAGUGCGAAAAGCAAGAUGUCACCUUUCUAAAUGAUCCAAUUAAAAAUUACCCGGACUUAUCGAAGCACAGCAACCAUAUGGCGAAUUGUUUGACAAAAGGCAUCUUCGCAAAAUACUGCAACACAAUAACACCCAACGGAGUCACCCUCGACCAAUGUAUACAAACUGGUGUGGACAACCCUGGCCAUCCAUACAUUAUGACAGUUGGCCUUGUGGCGGGAGAUGAAGAAAGUUAUGAGGUAUUCAAAGACCUCUUCUACCCCGUCAUUAAAGAGCGAAUGAACGGUUAUGAUCCAUAUUCAAUGAAACAUCCUACUGAUUUGGAUCACACAAAAUUGAAAGGAGCAGUGCUCGACGUGAACUACGUGCUUUCAUCCCGAGUCCGUACGGGACGGAGCGUUCGUGGCUUUCGACUACCACCAGCUUGCAAUAGAGCAGAAAGAAACGAAGUCGAGAGAAUAGUUGUCAGUGCUUUGAGUAAUUUAAAAGGCGAUCUUCGAGGCAAGUAUUACGCUUUGAAGACAAUGACAGACGCAGAACAGCAGGCUCUCAUCGACGAUCAUUUCCUUUUCGAUAAACCUGUCUCUCCUCUCCUUACCUGCGCUGGAAUGGCGCGGGACUGGCCUGAUGGCAGAGGCAUCUUUCACAACGAGCGCAAGAACUUUUUGGUCUGGGUAAAUGAAGAAGAUCAUACUCGUGUUAUAUCGAUGCAGAGAGGCGGAAACAUGAGAGCGGUGUUUGAACGGUUCUGCAGAGGAUUGACUGAGGUCGAGCAAGAGAUGAAGAAGCAAGGCACUCAGUUCAUGCAUUCAGACAAUCUGGGAUAUAUUUUAACCUGCCCUUCCAAUCUGGGCACAGGACUUCGUGCAGGAGUCCACGUUAAGCUACCUCUCCUCUCUCAAGACCCAAGAUUUGAAAAGAUCUUGGUGGCAAUGAGACUUCAGAAACGAGGCACCGGUGGAGUGGAUACGGAAGCUGUCGGUGGCAUUUUUGAUAUCAGCAAUGCUGAUCGCAUUGGGAAAAGCGAAGUCCAACUUGUGCAAAUGGUUGUAACUGGCAUCAGUCGUUUGAUUGAGAUGGAAAAGCGAUUAGAGAAAAAGGAGUCUAUUUCAGAUUUAGUACCGGAUUUUUCUUAAAUUUACUGAUCAUUUUUAAAAGUGCAACAGCGUUUAUUCAAACUUUUAUAAAUUUCAAAUUAAUGAAUUAAUAAAGUAAAGCUACGAAUAUA